GACGCUCACGCCCCGCCCGCCCUCUCCGCCUCCGCGCCUGGCGCGCUGGGGCUCGGGAGCCGACCUGGGCGCCGCGGCGAUGGCGUGGCGGCCCCUGCCGCUGCGUGCGUCUCUCCUGCUGCUGCUCCUGCCGCUCCCGGGGCUGCUCGCGGGCUCCUGGGACCCGGCCGGCUACCUGCUCUACUGCCCAUGCAUGGGGCGCUUCGGGAACCAGGCUGAUCACUUCUUGGGCUCCCUGGCAUUUGCAAAGCUAUUGAACCGCACCCUGGCUGUACCCCCUUGGAUUGAGUACCAACAUCACAAGCCUCCAUUUACCAAUAUCCAUGUGCCCUUCGAGAAGUACUUCAAGCUGGCGCCCCUCAAGGCUUACCAUCGGGUCAUCAGCCUGGAGGACUUCAUGGAGAAGCUGGCCCCCACCCAUUGGCCCCCUGAGAAGCGGGUAGCAUACUGCUUUGAAGUGGCGGCCCAGAGAAGCCCUGAUAAGAAGACAUGCCCGAUGAAGGAAGGAAACCCCUUUGGCCCAUUUUGGGAUCAGUUUCAUGUGAGUUUCAACAAGUCGGAGCUUUUUUCGGGCAUUUCCUACAGCGCCUCCUACAAAGACCAGUGGAUCCAGAGAUUUUCUCCAGAGGAACAUCCAGUGCUGGCCCUGCCAGGGGCCCCAGCCCAGUUCCCCGUCCGGGAAGAGCAUAGGCCACUGCAGAAGUACAUGGUAUGGUCAGACGAGAUGGUGAAGACAGGAGAGGCCCUGAUCCGCACCCACCUCAUCCAGCCCUAUGUCGCUAUUCACCUUCGCAUUGGCUCCGACUGGAAGAACGCCUGUGCCAUGCUGAAGGAUGGGACUGCGGACUCCCACUUCAUGGCCUCUCCGCAGUGUGUGGGCUACAGCCGCAACUCAGCGACCCCUCUCACCAUGACUAUGUGCCUCCCAGACCUGAAGGAAAUCAAGCGGGCCGUGGAGGUCUGGGUGUGGGCUCAAAAGGCCCGGUCUGUCUACAUCGCCACGGAUUCUGAGAGUUACGUGCCCGAGAUCCAGCAGCUCCUCAAAGGGAAGGUGAAGGUGGUGAGCCUGCAGCCUGAGGUGGCCCAGAUCGACCUGUACAUCCUUGGCCAAGCUGACCACUUCAUAGGCAACUGUGUCUCCUCCUUCUCCGCGUUCGUGAAACGGGAACGAGACCUCAUGGGGAGGACAUCCUCUUUCUUUGGCAUGGACUGGCCCCCACAGUUGCGGGACGAGUUCUGAUCUAGGCUGGAGCACGUCACCAGCCUAGCUGGUCCCUCCAGCCAGGCCUGGCACCCAGAGCUGCUCCCAGGAUUGAUCCCCAAAGGAGCAGGCCAAAAAGAGAAGCAGCUGCCAAGGACAGAGAAAAGUACCAGGGACUUCCUGGGGCAGAAGAUGGUCCAUCUCCCAGGGUACAGGACUUCCAAGUUCCUAGGAGCCAGACCAUCUUCCCUGCUCCUGUGCUUCUGGGAGUUUCUCACACCAGCAACCAGCAAAACAGUCUAACCACUGUCUUUUGGUCUACUCUGCUCUUAUUAGGGGCAGAAAUAGAAUAUUGGGGACCAGCUAUAAUUAUAAGAAAUAUUAGAGGCCCAGUGCACGAAUCCCUCAGCCUGGCCUCCUCCCUCUCGAAGGAGCAGGCAGCCGGGGAGGAGCCUGAGCCCGGGCUGGUCCCCCGAGCAGCUCCCGCUCAUCCCAGCCCCGCUGCGCCUGGCGUCUGGCACCCAUGGGACAGCUGAGUGGCGCUCCCACUGUGGUAGUGCACUGACCACCAGGGGCAGCUCCUGCGUUGAGUGUCUGCCCCCUGAUGGUCAGUGCACAUCAUAGCAACUGGUCAAAUUGUCAUUUGGUCACUUAGGCUUUUAUAUAUAUAGAUUAAUCAUGCUCUGUUAACUGUCAUUGUUUUGUUAUGAUUAAAGAAAAUACAUUCCCACCUGGCUGGGAGUUGCACACAG